CACAGUCUAUCAUCCACACUGUAAGUAUGGCGGUUUGGUAUAUCGUGCAACACGGUCUUGCCCCGUCUUGGUAAGUUCCGAAGACUCAAACUUCCUUCGCUCUAUGUAUAUACAAUCAAGCAAAAUGCACUUAAGAUAAGAUGAGUAUAAUAACCAGAUGCUCAGAGUCCUGACCUGUCAGGAGUGGUAAAAUUUGACCCAGGCAAAUGGCGAGACUCUUGCGAUCCUCGUCAACUCCUAGGUUCCCUAUCUUUCCGUCAGUCUCGAGUGCUUAAGAAUUUUUUCAUUGAAGUUGAAAAGGGACGGGACGGUGAACAUGAGCUCAACACCUAUCCAACACCUUCCUCUUGGUCCACUAGACCACUUGUCUCCACCAGUGUACCCUCCAGGCUCCGUUUACUUCAGUAUCAAGUCCGGUGUCAGUUGGGAAGCAGUAUUUGCACGUCUACAAGAAGGACUGCGGCGCACCUUCCUGCAAGUGCCCUGGCUGAAUGGAAAGCUGUACCAUCAGGCCCCGGAUACCCCUGGUUGGCGUCCUGGACGGCUCGAAAUCCGUUACGCCCCAAUUACUGCUGAUGCACCGCCCCCUUAUCAGCUUCGUUACAAUGAGCUCAAGCAGACGACGUCUUCUACUUAUGCUGACCUCAAGGCAAGAGGCUUUCCUCUGGAUGCUUUCGCUGAUGAAGACUUGAUUUGGGUGACGUAUCGAGGGGUAGAUCUCGACGCCGGAGCCGAGAUCGUGGCGGCUCAAGCAAAUUUCAUGCCAGGUGCCUGUCUCCUGUGUGUGUCUGUGCUCCAUGCGGCGUGUGACGCGACAGGUAUGGCAAUCUUCUACAAGCUAUGGGCAGACCAAUGUAGAAAAUUGGCCUCAGUUUCUGGCGAUCCUGCCCUCACGCUUCCACCCGAGAGCUGGGACAGAACCCUACUUGAUAGUGUCUGGAAGAAGGAAAGAACAGGUCAUUCCGCUCAGGAUGUUGGCCCAGAGCCUUGGUAUGCGAUUGGACUCGAUCCUCCAAAUGCAGAAAAGCUGUCUCAUCCUGGUCAGAACGGGCAAAGGUCGUCUAACGCCGUUCAACACGAGCGAGUCAUGACCUCGAAGUUGUUCUACAUGUCACCGGUGGCUUUUGCAUCACUUCGGAAAAUAUGCACAGUCGACGUCUCAGGGAACGACGUUCUCAUGGCCUGUAUUUGGCGCGGUCUCAUCAAAGCUCGGGCAGCAGCAAUAGCGGCACAAGGGCGUGAUGUCGAUCCUAAUGCACCUUUUGAAAUCCAGGUGCCGGUCGAUGCUCGGCCAGACUUUUCGCAGACCAUGUCGGUGCCACCAACGUAUGUUGGCAACCUUAUCUACCAUCAUCGACCUACGCUGCCGCUUUGUGUCUUUGUUGAAGGUACAUUGGAAGGAAGCAUCGCCGCAGUAGCGCAGGCCAUUCGUACAAGCGCUGCGAAGAUCGAUCACACCACCAUGAUGGACGGUUAUAUGCUACUACGAGAGAUGCACGAUUAUAAUCACAUCCAGCGACCACGCUAUGCAACUCUUGAGGGCAACUGGUUGAUGUCAUCAAUGCUGAUGGUUCCUGGUGACGAGGCCUCGUCGUUCGGUGAUAAGUUCUUCGGCAACGGUGGUCGAGCGGAAGGUUCUCGUCCAUUAAUGAGUAUGCGCAACCGUUUCAAAGUACCGGCCUGUUACAUACUGCCACGGAAGAGAAGCGGUGGCAUCGAGUUCAUUGUGAGUCUGUUCGAGGAUGAAUGGCCAUUUUUACUAGAAGGCGAGGGCUUCGGACCAUAUGCUUUUCUCCUCGCAUGAUUUCAUUGUGGCUGCAUCUUGCUCUGCGGUUUGCUUGCUGGGGCUGUUGAACUAUCUGAUAAAGAAACUGGUCUCUAGUUGUCAAUCUUAAAGCAGGCGAUACUUACGGUACUAACUGGAAUGAAUAGGGCUGCAGUCACGCAACCAACAAUGUUAGAUUGCAGAUAUCCCUAAUUCUGUAAAAAGAGUAUCAAGGGGCAGGUUGUUACAGAAGCUCAGUGAGGACUUUCCAUAGCUAGCACCCAUACACCAAUAACAAGUUUAGACUAGACGAGUGCGAACAUAACUCUCACCCUCCCGCUGCCCUCCUCGGAAAAACAUGAAAGAAACAUAGAAACAAAGAAAAAGGAUUUUUACCUGACACUACAUGCGGCUUAUACAGAAUCUGAUGCUCCACG